AUGAGUGUCCGAGUCGUCGCACGUGUCCGCCCGCUCCUCAAAUCUGAAAGAGACCUUGAUGUUAUCCUGCGCACAGGAUCAGCUGCCACCGAUAAAUCGCGUCUUUCCAGCAUCGGCGAGAAGAGCGACAAGAAAUUGGCCGCUUUGAGGGAUAGAGACAAUGUUGUGCGGAUCCCCAAUCCUAAGAAUGAGGGCGAAGAAUACGCCUUUCAGUUCAAUGGGGUGUACGACGCGGAAGUUUCACAGCAGGAAUUGUUUGAUGCCGAGGUGGCACCAACAAUCAAGCACCUCAUGAACGGAUUCGACGUCACGUUGUUUGCAUAUGGUGUUACUGGAACAGGAAAAACACAUACAAUGCGCGGCGGUAAAACCCUGGCGGACAGGGGUGUGAUUCCUCGACUACUCAGUGGUGUCUAUAGGCGCGCUAAGAAGAUUGAGAAGGAUAGCGAGGGAGAGACCACGGUGCGCGUUGCUCUGAGCUAUUAUGAGAUUUACAACGACAAGGUGUACGAUCUGUUCGAACCGCCCGAGAAGCGCACAAUGGCGGGCCUUCCCCUUCGCGACAAUGGUGGAAAGACAGUGGUCUGCGGCUUGAGCGAGAAGCCGUGUACAACUUUGAAGGAGUUUGAGCAGCUCUAUGACCAGGCCAAUACCAAUCGGUCGACUUCUGCCACGAAGCUCAAUGCGCACUCAUCACGAUCACACGCAAUUCUCGGCGUGAAGGUUACUGUUACCUCGCCUGAACAUACUCGCGUGAGCACUGCUUCCGCCAUCGAUCUUGCAGGUUCCGAAGAUAAUCGACGGACCGAGAACGACAAGGAGCGCAUGGUGGAAUCGGCCAGUAUCAACAAGAGCCUGUUCGUCCUGGCGCAGUGUGUCGAGGCUAUCAACAAGAAGCAACACCGCAUUCCAUACCGCGAGUCGAAGAUGACUAGAAUUCUGUCUCUGGGACAAAACAACGGCUUGACUGUGAUGAUUCUCAACCUCGCUCCUGUUCGAUCUUACCAUCUGGAUACCAUCAGCUCUUUGAACGUCGCAAACCGUACCCGGAAGAUCGAGGUUCGGGAAGUAGAGAAUGACCCUAUGUUCAAGGGCCCUGCAAGACCAGCUGUUCGGCCUUCUCUGGCAAGUGCGCGUCAGCCUUUGCGUCCACUCACGGCCUCUGUCAAUGUGAACAUGCCAGCCCCUGCUGCUAAGGAACCAGCAGAGAAAGAUGACACCAAGCCUGUGAAGGCAUUCAGCGUGUAUUCCGACAAGCCACAGACCAAGCUCAUUAGCCAGCUACGGAAACCGGAAGGACCUAAGCGCGCAUCUCUCUCCAACGCCCCUUCAAGUCUUCCCUUGAAGCCAUCUCGUCAACCAUUAGGCACACAAGCUCCUGCGCGCCAUGCUGAUUUAUCAGCUGCCCGGAUUGAAGAGAUGGUCGAGAAAAAGGUCGAGGAGAUUUUGGCGUCACGAGCUGUGAGCGAACAAUCGAAACAAUCACAGGUCCGUGAGCUCAAUGAGCAAUUGCAGCGACGAUUGGAACAACUAGAGCAGCGUAUUGAGGGUACCGAGGAUGCGCGGGCCGAGGGUCUGUCAUACUUACUCAUGGCCAAACAGCAUCAAGCACGCGGCGAGGACGCCUCGGCACUGAGAAUGUACCAGCUGGCGGCACCUCACUUCCCACACAAUGAGAAGCUUGCUGGCAAGAUUGCUGCCUUGAAGGAGCGUAUUCAUGCUAAAGCCUGGGAGAAGCAAGCACCCUCCCCACCUAAGGGCAGACUUGGUAGCAUGCUUUCUCUCAAGAAGGAGCCGACCAAGACCCUCGGAAAACGUCAUGCUGAGGAUGACGACGAUUAUAUGGACCAGACAGGUGGCGGUUUCUCUAGUGACGAAGAGAUAGCACGCCCGCGACACAAAAAACGUGCUUCAACUAAGCCUCGUCACAGCGAGAACGGGGAUCUCGUUUUCCUUGAUAACGAGGAUCCCUCCAUUUCCCCUCGUACAAUGCAUCUGCUGUCCAUUAUCAACUCAAGGGAUGUCAGCCAGAUCAAGUUGCUCAAAGGCGUAGGAGCCAAGAAGGCAGAGGCACUUGUAGACUGCCUCUGCGAGAUGGACCAAACAACAACAGAUGGAAACAACGGCGAACUGAUCUCAGACCAGCCCCAGUUCCAGGUGAACAGUCUGGCACAGCUGAGCCAGCUGAAGGGUGUCGGGGUCAAGACAGUGGAGAACAUGAGACAGGGAGUUUUGGCUUGA